CGGUUGCUAGGAAGAGAAAGCCGAGCGUUGCUCCGUGACGUCAUCACUCCGCGCCACCCGCGACAGUUUCCCAGCAGGGCUCACAGCAGCGUUCCGCGUCAUGGGGAUUUGGCAGCGUCUGCUGCUUUUUGGUGGGGUGUCGCUCCGGGCUGGUGGCGGGGCCACUGCCCCGCUUGGGGGAAGCCGAGCGAUGGUUUGUGGGCGCCAGUUGUCUGGCGCCGGGAGUGAGACCCUAAAACAAAGAAGAACACAAAUCAUGUCCCGAGGACUUCCAAAGCAGAAACCGAUAGAAGGUGUUAAACAAGUUAUAGUUGUGGCUUCUGGAAAGGGUGGAGUCGGAAAAUCUACUACAGCAGUGAAUCUUGCACUUGCACUAGCAGCGAAUGAUUCGUCCAAGGCCAUUGGUUUGCUAGAUGUGGAUGUGUAUGGACCUUCAGUUCCAAAGAUGAUGAAUCUGAAAGGAAAUCCGGAAUUAUCACAGAGCAACCUAAUGAGGCCUCUCUUGAAUUAUGGUAUUGCUUGUAUGUCUAUGGGCUUUCUGGUUGAAGAAAGUGAACCAGUAGUUUGGAGAGGCCUUAUGGUAAUGUCGGCCAUUGAGAAAUUGUUGAGGCAGGUAGAUUGGGGUCAACUGGACUACUUAGUUGUAGACAUGCCACCAGGAACUGGAGAUGUGCAGUUAUCAGUCUCACAGAAUAUUCCUAUAACAGGUGCUGUUAUUGUCUCCACGCCCCAGGACAUCGCAUUGAUGGAUGCACACAAGGGUGCUGAGAUGUUUCGCAGAGUCCACGUGCCCGUCCUUGGCCUUGUCCAAAACAUGAGUGUUUUCCAGUGUCCAAAAUGUAAACACAAAACUCAUAUUUUUGGUGCUGAUGGUGCAAGGAAACUAGCACAGACCCUUGGCCUUGAAGUUCUAGGAGACAUUCCGUUACACCUUAAUAUAAGGGAAGCUUCAGAUACAGGCCAGCCAAUUGUGUUUUCACAGCCUGAAAGUGAUGAGGCCAAAGCUUACUUGAGGAUUGCUGUGGAAGUGGUAAGAAGAUUGCCAUCACCUUCAGAAUGAUUCCCCAAGUGUCCUGGAAAUUUGCCUGGUACUGACAUUAAGAGGACCUUUGGAAAUCAGCAAUCUGGUGAUAGAACCUACAGAAAUAAUAGAAAUCAUAACUGUUUUAUUUCUAAGGAAAGAAUGUCUUCAUAUCUGACUUGCUAAGCUAAGGUUCACAAAACUUUGAUGUAUCAAUGUUAACUGCUGUAUUUAGGAAUUUUUUGAAAGCUGGUGUGUACCACCUGCAAAGAACUGCAUUUUAUUUUAUUGAAUUACCCCUUUAGAAAUCAUGAGUUUAUGAUGUUACAAGUCCAUUUUGGGAGAGAACUGUACGCUUUUUGCAGGACCACAGAAUUAGUAAUUUAAAUGAUAUACUAAAUUUGUGUAUGGGCAUAAGUAUUACACCUUCCCACCAGGCAAUUUGGACUGUCUUUGAAUCCUGUCUUUGGUACUAUCUUGGAUAUGUUCUUAAUAUGAACCUCUGCUUCUUCAUCUGGAUCACACCGUACCCCAGACUUAAUGAAUUUCAGUCUCCAGGAGUGGAGCCUGAACAUAUGUAUUUUUAGUAAGACCAUGAUGAUGAUGAUGAUGAUGAUUCUGGUAAUCAUGGCAGUAAGAAUAAUAGCUAACAUUUAACAAGUUAAUUAUAAUUGUUCUUCCAUUUGUGUGAGUGGGUACUAUUGUCUCCAUUUUACAGAUAAGUAAUUUGAGAUAUAAUUUGAAGGCACUCAACCUUGAGUGUCUUGCUGAGGGUUACUGUAUCUAGCAAGUGAUGGAGCUUGGAUUUGAACUUGAGUAAUUCGAUAUUAGAUUCAUCUUUUUGUACACCAAUGUGCUUUUGUUAAUUAAAAAAAGUGGGUGGUGGCCAGGCGUGGUGGCUCACGCCUGUAAUCCCAGCACUUUGGGAGGUUGAGGUGGGUGGAUCAUGAGGUCAGGAGUUCAAGACCAGCCUGACCAACAUGGUGAAACCCCGUCUCUACUAAAAAUACAAAAAUUAGCUGGGCAUGGUGGCAUACGCCUGUAAUCCCAGCUACUCGGGAGGCUGAGGCAGGAGAAUCAUUUCAACCCGGGAGGCUGAGGUUGCAGUGAGUGGAGAUUGUACCACUGCACUCCAGCCUGGUCAAUGGAGUGCGACUCCAUCUCAAAAAAAAAAAAAAAAAAAAAAAAAAAAAAGUGGGGGGAGAUGCAAUAUUUAGCAUUUCCUCAAACUUUUUUUGGCCAUGAAAUCCACCUCCCCCCCUCCUUUUUCAGAGCAUUUCAAAUAAUACAUUUUGAAAAACAUUUAUCUUGUCUAAUUGAAGCUCAAAGAGAUAGAGUCAAUGACUUUUCAAAGUCAGGUAGCAGAUAGUUUUAAAGCUGCAAGUACUGAUAAGUGUGAGCCAUUAGUUAAUUCGCAUUUAUAAAGAAGUGGUCUGUCACUUUUGGCAAAUGUCUUGACAUCUGUUGCUCUACAGUUCUCAAGUAGAAAAUUAGGCAUACAGUUUCACAUUAUUAUAAGCAUGUUUUCACACAAAAACAUGUACAUUGAUGUUUAUUGCAAUUUUAUGUGUAAUAACCAAAAACAACCCAGAUUUUCUUCAUUGGGUAAAUGAUUAAACAAACCAUAGUACAUUCAUACCGUGAGUGCUACUCAGCAAUAAAAAAGAAGAAACUAUGGGUACAGGCAGCAACUUAUAAUUCCAGAGAAUUAUGCUGAAUGAAAAAAGCCAAUUUAAAAAGGUUUUGUACCAAAAGAUUCCAUUUAUAUAACGUUCUUGAAGUGACAUAAUUAUAGAAAUGGAGAACAGAUUAGUGGUGGCUGUGUUAAGGAGGGGGUGAGGAUGGGAGAGAAUUGGGUGUGGCUGUGAGAAACAUGAGGGAUCCUUGUGAUGAUGGAAAUGUUCUAUAUCACAGCUAUCAAUGUCAAUAUCCCAGUUGUGAUAUUGUGCUAUAGUUUUGCAAGAUGUUACCACUGGGGGAAAUUGGGUGAAGGGCACAUGGAAUCUCUGUAUUAUUUCUUUCAACUGCAUGUAAAUCUACAAUUAUCUCAAAAUAAAAAUAAAAGUUAAAAAAACACAAA